AUGACCAGCAAGGGCACCAAACAGCUGCCGCAUGAGCGGCGGAGAGGAGAAGCAGCCCUGAGCGACUUCGCCGAGUUCGUCGAGAAGCAGCAGGCCCUGCGUUAUCCCGACUCCAAGCUCGCGACCGCCGCGGCCGGGCCCGACUCUGUCGAGCAGCACGACGAGCUCGACAUCCUCGACUCGCUAAAUCUCGACGACGCCCAGCCUCAGGUCCCGCUGCGCCACCUCCUCCUGGCUGGAACCGACGACGCCACGGCCCAGGAGAAGCUCGCCGAAUAUGUCACCGGCCGUCUUCUCGAGGGACACGGCGAAGCCGUAGUUGAUCUGGGAUUCGAGCACAGCGGCGAGUCGAUGCGCCUUACUCGCCCCGAAUGGGACGUUGCCUUGGAUCAUCUGAGAAAAACUGCGAAAACCGCCAAUGCCGACUGCGACAUCCUCCUCACGAGAAACGUCGGCGGCGAUGCUGAGGCCGAGUCGAUUGCCGCGGCUGGGAGCCAGGGCAAAGGCACCGACUGCACGGGCAAGAUACUGAUACGGCGCGCCCCCUCCUCGAUCGAAGAAGUUAUCGAGACGAGGAUUGCCGUGGUUGGCAAUGUCGAUGCUGGGAAAAGCUCCAUGCUCGGCGUCCUGGUCAAAGGCGACCUCGACGACGGGCGGGGUAAGGCGCGCGUGAAUCUCUUCCGCCACAAGCACGAGGUCGAGACCGGGAGGACGAGUUCCGUCGGUAUGGAGAUCAUGGGUUUCGACACCAUGGGAAAGGUCAUAACAGCUGACACUCCUGGCAGGAAACUCUCGUGGGAAGAGAUCGGCAAGCGCAGCGCCAAAGUCAUCGGCUUCACCGACUUGGCUGGCCACGAACGCUACUUGCGGACCACGGUCUUUGGCCUCUUGUCCAGCAGCCCCAACUAUUGCCUCCUUAUGGUGGCGGCCAACAACGGCCUGGUCGGCAUGAGUAAAGAGCAUCUCGGUAUCGCCUUGGCGCUUAAUGUCCCCAUCAUGGUGGUGGUUACCAAGAUUGAUAUCUGCCCGCCGAACAUCCUCGAGCAAACUAUCGGGCAAAUUACCAAAAUCCUCAAGUCUCCAGCGGCGCGGAAGUUACCGGUACUCAUCCGCAACCGCGAGGUAUGUAUCGAUACCGCAACCCAGUUUGUUAGCCAGCGAAUCUGUCCCAUAUUUCAAGUUUCCAACGUCACCGGAGAGAACCUGGACCUCGUACGCACGUUCCUCAACAUCCUGCCGCACCACGGUCGAUACAACUCGGAUGCCCCCUUCGAAUUCCACGUCAACGACACCUUUUCCGUCCCCUUUGUCGGCACCGUAGUCAGCGGCAUCGUCAAGUCCGGCGUGAUACAUUCGGGAGACAACGUGCUGAUCGGGCCCGAUUCUCUUGGGCAGUUCGUCUCAACUAGCGUCCGCUCCAUCGAGCGGAAACGAAUCGCCGUGCCGGCAGCGUCUGCGGGCCAAUCCGCCAGCUUCGCGUUGAGAAAGAUUCGCCGAAAAGACGUGAGAAAAGGGAUGGUGGUCCUGCCCAAGGUCGAAGGGCAACCGCCCCCCAAGGUCUAUCGUGAGUUUGUGGCAGAGGUUCUGAUUCUUUCUCACGCUACUACUAUCCAAACCAAAUACCAGGCGAUGCUCCACGUCGGAUCGGUCGCCCAGACGUGUGCAAUCAUCGACGUCGACCGCCCGUUCAUCCGAACCGGCGAUCGCGCAACCGUAGCCUUCCAGUUUGUUCAACGUCCGGAGUAUCUGGCCCCUGGCGACCGACUCCUGUUCCGCGAAGGGCGUACUAAGGGACUGGGCAUUGUGAAGUCGGUCGGCUACGAUCCCCGAAACCCGUUGAUGCCACGUCAGGCAGAUAGCGGGGCCGCCCAAGCCAACGAGGAUAAGGAUAUUGGGGGAUCGGCCGAGGGAAAGAGUGCUCCCUCGACCGGCGCAAGAGUUGACGCCCAGGGUCAGCGGCCGAUAGGGAGGCGUUGA